GCAGAUAUAAGGAUAAUAUGAUUGUAUUAUUAUGACCAUUCACAAUGAAAGGGAAGCGAAAUGCGACACAAGCGAGUUUCCCGAAGGGGAUCAACAGGCAGCCGGAUCUACGUCGACGUACGUCCCACCGACUAUCCCCAGUGACUUAUAAUGGUUCCACACGGACCAGGUCAUCAGGCCCAGGACACCGAACGAAGGAAAUCCUGAUCCUUGUCUAGAACCAGUACGACCCUUACGCCAGUCGUGGUCUUCGUGAGGGUAGAUCGGAGCGCUCCUGAUAGCACCAAGGGGCGAUCACCGACCCAUGUACAUACGAUUCAUCCAUCAACCGAAUCCGAAUAUGUAAAGUUCCUUAACAUCGAGUUAGCUACAUGGUCUGAAGAAGAACAAGAGGAAGAACAGCGAUGAACAACGACGAACGUGAUCAGAUAGGAGCGAAAGACAAUGCUAUCGCCUUUCGCCAAGACCGUCAAGAACACCGCCUACUUCAAGCGUUUCCAGACCAAGUACCGUCGUAGAAGGGAGGGUAAGACCGACUACUACGCCCGUAAGCGUUUGAUCACCCAGGCCAAGAACAAGUACAACUCGCCCAAGUACCGCCUCGUGGUCCGCUUCACCAACACCGACAUCAUCUGCCAGGUUGUCUACGCCAAGAUCCAGGGUGACCAUGUCUUGACCGCCGCUUACUCUCACGAGCUCCCCCGCUACGGUAUCAACCACGGUCUUACCAACUGGUCUGCUGCCUACGCUACUGGUCUCCUCUGCGCUCGUCGUGCUCUCCAGAAGCUCGGCUUGGACGAGAAGUACCCCGGUGUCGAGGAGAUCGACGGCGAGUACUCCCUCCAGGAGCCCGCCGAGGGUGAGGCCCGCCCCUUCAAGGUCUUCCUUGAUGUCGGUCUUAAGCGUACCUCCACUGGUUCCCGUCUCUUCGCUGCCGUGAAGGGAUGCUCCGACGGUGGUAUCCUCAUUCCCCACUCCGAGAAGCGUUUCCCCGGUUUCGACAUUGAGUCCGAGGAGCUCGACGCCGAGACCCUCCGCAAGUACAUCUUCGGUGGUCACGUCGCUGAGUACAUGGAGACCCUCAUGGACGACGAUGAGGAGCGUUACCGCGUCCAGUUCGCUGGUCUCAUCGCUGACGGUAUUGAGUCCGACCAGAUCGAGGACAUGUACGCCGAGGCCUUCGAGAAGAUCAAGGAGGACCCCGCUGCCAAGCCCACCCAGAAGAAGACCAAGGAGGAGUACAAGGCUGCCGGUGCUCAGUACCGCCAGAAGAAGCUCUCUCACGCCGAGCGCAAGGCCCGUGUUGCUGCCAAGAUCGAGCAGCUCCAGGCUCAGGAGUAA